AUGAGUGAUGCUAGACGACAGUCCAAUCUCACCGCCUCCUUAUAACAAUCAACCAUGCAUCUUCACUCUCAAUCUAAACACUGAUCACCACCACUCAUAGCCGCCAUGUACACCUCCACCUCCACUCAUCUCUUAAUCUUUCCUUACCCUGCUCAAGGUCACAUGCUCGCUCUCCUCGAUCUCACCCACCACUUAUCUCUCCAUAAUUUCACCAUCACCAUUUUAGUUACUCCCAAAAACCUCCCAAUUCUCACUCCUCUCCUCAACUCUCACCCUCGUAUUCAAACCCUACUUCUCCCCUUCCCCUCCCACCCUUCCAUCCCUCCCGGCGUUGAAAACGUCAAAGAACUCGGUAACGCUGGAAACUUCCCUGUCAUGUCCGCUUUGGUCAAACUUUUUGACCCCAUAAUCCACUGGUUUCACUCCCACCCCAAUCCACCUGUUGCCAUCAUAUCUGAUUUCUUUCUUGGUUGGACUUUAGACCUCGCUCGUCACCUUAAUAUUAUCAGAAUCGCUUUUUUCUCAGUCAGUGCCCUUUUGCCAUCGGUUUUUGAUUAUUGUUGGAACCAUUUUCAUGAUGUCAAGUCUUCCACUGUUGUUGAAUUGCAUGGCUUGCCAAAAUCUCCGAUUUUUAAGCAAGAGCAACUCCCUUCUGUGUUUAGACGGUAUAAAGAAUCGGAUCCUGAUUCGGAGUUCGUGAAAGAUUGCUUGUUGAAAAAUACUUUGAGUUGGGGUUGUGUAUUCAAUUCUUUUGAGGAUCUGGAAGGCGAGUAUUUGGAUUAUUUGAAAACAAAAAUAGGUCACAGUCGUGUUUUUGGCAUUGGCCCAAUUUCUUCACUGGGUACAGGGUCAAAAUCUGCAAAUGACCCGAAUUUGAGUCCGAAUGACUAUUCGUUGAAGUGGCUAGACCGGUGCCCGGAUGGCUCAGUGCUUUACGUCUGCUUCGGGAGUCAAAAGCCGUUAACAAGCGAACAAAUGAAGGCUUUGGCUUUAGGGCUUGAAAAAAGUGGGAUCCUAUUUUUAUGGGUCGUUAAAAUGGGUGAGGGGUACGGGACGAUACCCGAAGGGUUUGAGGAGCGGGUGACGGGUCGAGGGUUGAUUGUGAAGGGGUGGGCUCCUCAAGUGUCAAUAUUAAAUCAUAAAGCGGUGGGCGGAUUCUUGAGUCAUUGCGGGUGGAACUCAGUAUUAGAAGUAAUAGUGAGCGGGGUGAUGGUAUUGGGUUGGCCCAUGGAGGCAGAUCAGUUUGUUAAUGCAAGAUUGCUGGUGGAGGACAUGGGCGUGGCUGUUAGGGUGUGCGAGGGUGCUGACUCGGUGCCUGACUCAAUCGAGUUGGGGAGAGUGAUUUCUCAGGCGAUGAAUCAGUGUGGUGAAGUUAAGGUUAGAGCCAAGGAGUUGAAGGAGAAAGCUUUGGCAGCUGUGAAAAGCGGUGGGAGCUCGGCAAAGGAUUUGGAAAGACUUGUGCAAGAACUGAAAAAUCUUCAAGAUAAAUGAGGUUUAAUUACAAUUUCAUGAAUCAUAAGUAAUAAUGUCUUUGAUUU